GGUUUAGUCUAAAGCCCUAACAUCCAUUUCCUCUCUCUUGCUUGCGCCAUUGCUGCUCCAUCUUUCCCAUUCGUAAAAAUCCAAACUUUUUGAUCAAAUCAAACCAAACACUAGUGUUUUUUGUAUCUUAGAUUGAAAGAAAGGAUGAGGUAUCAAUGGAGGAGGUUGCUACUUUUUCGGAGUUAUCGUUCGUCUAGUCAUCCAUUUCUUUCUCAUCACUCCCAGUUCCAGGUAAUCUCCAAUUCGACUCGAUCUUUCUCUUCUUUCCUCCCUGAACGUUUUGAAGUUGGAGCUUUGCAACAAAGACAGUGCCUUCUUGCCUUGCGAUCGCCGUUGACGAGCUCUGUUAGCCGAAGCUUUUCUUCUGAUCCUGCGAUUGAAGAGAAACCUCCUGCUGAGACGGUUGUGAUUGAUAUUUUUAGCAGAUUGAGUGCUAAGGAUGAUAUUAGGAAAGAGCUGGAUUCGAAUGAUGUUGUGAUUAGCCAUGAAUUAGCAUUGAGAGUUCUGAGGGAACUUGAAUCAAGCCCUGAUGUUGCGGGAAGUUUUUUCAAGUGGGUUUUGGAGGCGUAUCCUCGAAAACUCUCCUCCAAGAGUUAUAACACGAUGCUGCGUAUUCUUGGUGUUAAUGGACUUGUUGAUGAAUUUUGGGAAUUGGUUGAUGCUAUGAAGAAGAAAGGGCAUGGUGUUUCAGCUAAUGUUAGGAACAAAGUGGGUGACAAGUUUCAGAAAGAUGGACUGGAAAGUGAUUUGGAGAGGCUUAAAGAGAUUUUUGCUUCAGGUUCUAUGGAUAAUUCGGUGGAUAAGGUUUGCAAUAGGGUGUGUAAGAUUGUGAUGAAGGAAGUGUGGAGUGCUGAUGUGGAGAAACAGCUAAGGGAUUUGAAGCUCGAGUUUAAAACUGAUCUGGUGAAGAUGGUGUUGGAAAAACUUGACGUGGAUCCGAGGAAAGCUUUGUUGUUCUUUAGGUGGAUUGAUGAGUCUGGCAGUUUUAAGCAUGAUGAGAAGACGUAUAAUGCUAUGGCCAGGGUCUUAGGGAAAGAGAAGUUUCUUGAUAGGUUUCAGCACAUUAUAGAGGAAAUUAGGAGUGCUGGUUACGAGAUGGAAAUGGAGACUUAUGUUAGGGUUUCGGCGAGGUUCUGUCAGACUAAAAUGAUUAAAGAAGCUGUCGAAUUGUUCGAGUUUGCAAUGGCGGGUAGCAACACACCCACCCCACACUGCUGCAGUUUACUGCUCAAGAAAAUUGUCAGUGCAAAGAAAUUGGACAUGGACUUGUUUACAAGAACUGUGAAAGCUUAUACUGGUAAUGGCAACGUUGUGCCGGAUUCUAUGCUGCAACAUGUCCUCAAGUCUUUGAGAAGCGUUGAUAGGUUUGGACAGAGCAAUGAGGUGUUGAAAGCGAUGAACGAAGGCGGCUAUGUUCCUAGCGGUGAUUUGCAGAGUGUGAUUGCAUCAGGACUUAGUCGUAAGGGCAAGAAAGAUGAAGCAAACGAACUUGUGAACUUUAUGGAAGCCUCUGGAAAUCAUUUAGAUGACAAAGCAAUGGCAUCUUUAGUUGAAGGGCACUGUGAUGCUAAAGAUCUCGAAGAAGCUUCAGAGUGUUUCAAUAAGAUGAUUGGGAAAGAGGGAGUCUCUUAUGCAGGUUAUGCAUUUGAGAAGUUGGUACUUGCUUAUUGCAACAGUUUUCAGGCAAGAGAUGUAUACAAGCUUUUCACCGAGCUAGUGAAACAAAAUCAGUUGAAACCUUGGCACAGUACAUACAAAAUCAUGGUCAGGAAUCUAUUGAUGAAGAAGGUAGCAAGAGAUGGUGGGUUUGAAGAAGCUUUGAGUCUUCUACCUAUGAUGAAAAAUCACGGGUUCCCUCCUUUCGUGGACCCGUUCAUGGAUUAUUUAUCGAAUAGUGGAACAAGCGCAGAGGCUUUCGCUUUUCUGAAGGCCGUGACUUCAAAGAAGUUUCCAUCUAAUUCAAUGGUUCUGCGUGUAUUUGAAGCUAUGUUGAAGUCUGCAAGGCAUAGUGAAGCUCAGGAUUUGCUGUCUAUGUCCCCAAGUUAUAUCCGUCGCAAUGCAGAAGUUCUAGAACUUUUCAAUUCCAUGAAACCUGAUAAAUGUUCCUUAGAGAAACCUUUGCCUGCUCCUGCUCAAAUCGAAGCCUAAUUCAUUAUAGGUGAUUCAAAAAAGUUGGCCAGAGAAAGUUUAGGCUGUUCCCUUUGGCAUGUAAUUCAUUAUAUGAGUGAUCUAACAUUUAUUGCUCUUUAUUUACAAAACUCUUACCAAGAAUUAAAAUAGUGUACCUUUAAGAAAGCAUCUUGUAAAAACUCAAAUGCCUAAAAGCUGCCAAACACUAUGUAUAUGGGACUUUAUCAAACCCAACAUAAUUGGAACAAGAUUAUACUUUUAAUUACUUGAAAUUUGCGAUUGUGAUCUUGCAUAAAAGUUUGAUAUAAUGGCCAAAAACAUAAUCCCACAUGUCUUUCCUCGUGUUCCAUCACCAAAUCAGCCGUAACUUGAACCUGGCCGCUUUGUAAAAUGUCUUAAAUCAUUCACACUUAUUUAGUUUCUUUCACUUGUUUUUAACAUUUUCUUUGAUUCAGAUACUUAGCUCUAUAGUAUGCAUCAAGUGGAAAGUUAUCCGACAAAUCCGAUGUUUUCUCAUUUGGAGUAAUGCUUCUUGAGCUCAUAACCGGACAACCUCCAGUGGAUCUAACUGGAGAAAUGGAAUAUAGCUUGGUAGACUGGGCAAGGCCUUUGUGUUUGAAAGCAGCUCAAGAUGGUGAUUACAACCAAUUGGCAGAUCUGCGUCUAGAGCUAAACUACAAUCAUCAAGAGAUGGUUCAAAUGGCUUCUUGUGCAGCUGCAGCAAUCAGACACUCAACAAGAAGACGGCCUAAGAUGAGCCAGAUUGUACGAGCACUAGAAGGAGAUAUGUCAAUGGAUGAUCUAAGUGAAGGAACAAGACCAGGACAAAGCAAGUAUUUGAGGCCCGGAAGCGUGAGCUCAGAGUAUAACGCAAGCUCGUACACCGCAGACAUGAAAAAAUUCAAGAAAUUGGCGUUAGAGAAUAAAGAAUAUCAAAGCAGUGAAUAUGGUGGAACAAGUGAGUAUGGUUUAAAUCCUCUGCUUCAAGUAGUGAAGAAAUGAAUAGAGGUUCAAUGAAACGCAAUCCUCAGCUUUGAAAGAACACAACAUUUCUCAUAAUAUUUUCACUUUUCUUCUCUGUUUUUCUUUCAUUGUUUGUUAAUUUUGCGUCAAAGAUCUGAAGUUUUUGACAGUUACAAAUUAUGAUGUUUUUAGGAGUGAUAUUAUUUUGACCAAAA